AUGGUGGUGGUGAGGCUUAUACUUUUAGCUCUCCUUGAGACCACUGAAGCAGAGGUUACAUUCUUGAAUCGGCAAAGAAGGAUUGAAGAGCUUGAGUGUCAGCUCAAUGAAGCAGAAGGGAAGGUAUUAGAUCUCAGAGUAGAAGUGAACAAAGUGCACAAUCAAUUGGACAAGGUCAAGAACAACCAUGGGCAGCUUUUGAAUCAUCCAAUUAAAAAGGAAGAUGUCCCUUCUCGGGGAAAUACAAUGCAUGCAAAGAAGCUAAAUGAUGCUGAAACCUUAUUAUUCUGCCCUAUGGAUUCCUAUCCAAAAUACGAAACCACUUCUCAAAUGAAGUGUUCAUCCCAAUUUGACAAUUUCUUUUCGGACAACCCUGUUUUUGCCUCUAUGGUUAUGAAAAGAAAAGAGCCUGGGCUGUACAGAAAUGGAUGUACUCAGAGAAUUCGUGCAAUUGAGAGGAAUUUGCUGGAUGAAAAAUUGCCCCUUCCGGGUGAUAAUAUAAAUGAUGGACAAGUUUUCACAAAAGGUAAGUCGAUCAUCAGCAGGAAUGAACAGAAUGUCCAGGGUGAACAAAAUGUUGGGAGAUGUGCGAUAGCCACUCCCAGGACUGAGAAUAUUGCUUCAAUGAAGAACCCAGCUGGAUUAGAAAUGUGCAUCAACACUAAUUCUACCGAACCUUAUAAAGUAUACAGAAGGCGAAGAAGAGAAACUCAAAAUGGAAAAGCCAAAUCUAAUUCACGCAGGCGCCAUUCUGGUAGUCAGCCCAUGAAGCCUCAUCACAAAAAAAAUUCACAUGGAGACAAGCAUAGUGUUAGAUCUGGUGAGAGAGUUUGUAAACUACCUUUUACCAAGACUCAGAAUAAUAAAGCUGCGGAAAAUUUUACUACUUUAGAAGAAAAACUGAACCCUACAGGUGAUUAUGUUCGCAGAAGCAUUAGAAAAAGGAAAAUCAAAUGUUGGGAUGACUUUGCUACCUCAUGCAGGCCUCGCUACAAUCCUUGUAAGGAACGUUCUUUGCUUUCCAAUUGCAAGACUGAAUCUGUCAAUUGUCAUGUGAAAUCAGGUAAAGAUCGAUUGAAAUCUGAGUGUGAGACAAAGAUUAAAACAGAGAUUGAUCUUGUUUCAGCAUCACCAGAGGUUAUACUUGCAAAAUUGGACACAGAAUAUGGGCUUGACAGUGCCACAGAUAAGGACACAGGGUUGUUAAACGAGUCUGUGUUGGUAGAAAAGGAUGGUAAUGAAAUAAAGAGUUUCAGGGUUUCAAAUGUUGGGUUGAACUUUGGGACAUACAAGAUACCAUUGACGGAUUCUGGUUCAGGAGAUGCAGCAACAUCUCAUGCAACUGAUGGGGUUUUCAGUCAGGCUGUCAACAGCAGAUUUGUCAAGUACACAUUCAGCAGAAAGUGCAAGAAGGAAUCCUCAACCGAGCCUCAACAGAAUUUUUCUCUUCGAGCAAGCUGCGUGAAGAGGAGGACAGAGAAACAGAAUGAUGCUGAGCUGCAGAACUCUAGCUUGAUAAAUGAAGCUUCCAGGGACAGAGAGCAAUUGGUGCAUGUUGCUCAUCAGCUUAUUUCUUUGUCUGAUAGAAGGUUGCUGUAGCAGAGUUCAUUGUUCCUUAAAUUCAUCCCGGAUAUGGUUGAAAUUUGGUGAGAAAUCUAACGACAGCUCUGCAUAUACCUGGUCUUAGACACAUUUUCGGCCAGCUUGAGGUUCUGAUUGUAUUGUAUAACAUGAUAUCUAUAUAGAUCAACAUGGAAGUUUUGUAUUAUUUUUCGAAUUUGUGAUUGGUGUAAUCUCUAUAACUCCAGC